AUGACUUCAUCUGUGCCUAUGUCGCCGCAUGUCAAAGACAGCAGCGGCCGGCGUGUUGCUUCCGCAAUGCACUCGGCCGUCUUUGAAGAGGGCAGCCCCAUUGUUAGUUUUUCCUACACCCGGGCUGCCAUGGAGAAGGAAGAUCUGACCUUCCCCCUUGUUCUUGAUAAAGUCCGCGGUCCAGGGCUUUGGGACUUGAGUCCCGCCGGCAGGGGCGUCUACGGCAGUGUAACGAUUCACGAGGGACCUGAUGACCGAUUUCCUCUCCUCCUUCAUAACGACACUGUCAAUGGCGUCGUGAUUGAAGACAACAUCAUAACAGCAGGCAACAUCAAACAGUUCUAUACCACUCCGAUUAGCUUACAAGGGUCCCAGUUAUUGGAAUCCGGAGGUAUCGCUGCUGCUAGGCAAAAGGAGAUCGCCGAAGGCUAUUCCUCAGCUCUGGAAGAAAUCGGGAAAGAAAUGAAUUUCAGCACUCACGAGUUGAAGACACACCGAACAAAGAGGAUGGAACGACUGGUGAUGCGUCUGUAUAUCAGGCAUGCGAAGUUCUUCUGUCAUUUUAUGACCUGGUACUUAUCUUCUUCCUUCAAGCGGUUUGGUUCCUCGCUGCGCAACGACUUCUACACGAAAGAAGUCCAGCAAAUGGUCACAGACAUUCGGAGCGUGGCCAAGGAAAUCGAACAAGAAGCCUCACUGAUUACACGAAUAACCACUCAACGAAUCGAGGCAAUGGUUCGAUCCCUGGGUCCAACCGUGGAGGAGUCCGCACGAAGAGCUGACUUCUACCACAACAUUGUCGCAGACCGUCUCGACAUGAUCGACAAGAGCCUGGAAAUACUGACGCAAGGGAUCGGACAGCUUUCUCGGGAUCACGUAGUAGAUCACUGUGAAAACCUGCUAUAUAGCGCGGAUGUUGCCAAUGCUCUUGGUGAGUGGCGCAAGACCUUAUCUCUGCCACUUCACUCGACGUCAGGGGCAGAGUUGGCUGUCUGUCGCGGUAUGUUGGCCGACCAACGAGUCGAAGGCUCUCAGCCUAGCAACAGCCCUGGAAACCCAUCCGAAAAAUCGGGGACUCAACAUUUUGGCACUCCGACACUAUUGGCAGGCAAUUUGGUGUUCACACGAACAAGUCUGCAACAGGUGUCUGGAGACCUGCAGGCGUACUAUCCAUCCACAGCCCCAGGGGAAAGCAGUCAAGGCAUCAGAGAUCUAGCAACUCGUACAGUAUCAGGAUUGGUUGUGGUCAGGCUCAAGGAAUGGCUCGCUUCGCCGAGAUCUGAUUUUCUUUGGAUCAUCGGCUCGAACUCGCCUUUCGGCAACGAAGCCACCCUCGCAGCUUCACACAUCUUCGACAUCACCACAUCGGCAAGACUACCCUGUGUCUCAUUCAGCUGCACGCCAACCUCUGCCUUUCCACAUACUCCGGGAGAUGGGAAGACACGAUGUACCAUCUUGCUGAUCGCGCUGUUGUACUCCAUCAUACAUCAGCUGCUCUGCUUUGUCCCGGAGACGUUUGAGGACGCAUGUGAACUUGAGGAUGCCAUUCAGUCCAUGGACGGAGGGGAGAAAAGUACCCCGAAUGCUUUGGAGAUUAUUCAGGCACUUCUGCGACACCGCACACCACUUUUGCUCAUCAUCUUGGACGGGCUGGAACUUAUCGAAGAUGGCACCACUGUUCCACACCUCCGGAACCUGAUCAGUAUCAUCCACUCGAGGCAAACCGAUUCCAGGUUGAAGGUUCUACUGGGAAGCCAAGGAUUCCUGGAAAGUGGUGGUCAGCUUGACGUGGAUGAGCGCUGA